AGCUGCCAGGUACUUGCAAGGAUACCUCAACUCAAGCAUCUCUUCACCGCUCCUCAGGAGUCUACGGCAACGUCAGAGCCGAGAUGGGGCGGAAAGAGAUCAAGUGCAGCUGGAAGAAAAGCACAAAUAACAUCAAGGAUGUAUUUGAAUUCCUGGGGAAGAUGGGAUCGGGAACAUUUUCAGAUGUGUUCAUGGUGAGAGAAAGAAAGACCGGCGAACUGUACGCCCUGAAAUGUCUGAAGAAGAAACACCUUACCCAUAGCAAUCUGGAAAACGAAAUCAAUGUCCUGAGAAGGAUAAAACACGAGAACGUGGUUGGGCUGGAGGAUUUCUACGAGAGCCGGACGCACUAUUACCUGGUCAUGCAACUGGUUUCAGGAGGGGAGCUGUUUGAUCGCAUUUUAGACAAGGGGGUUUACACUGAGAAGGACGCCAGCACGGUGAUCAGACAGGUGCUGGAGGCCGUCAGCUACCUGCACGAGAACAGCAUCGUGCACAGAGACCUAAAGCCUGAGAACCUGCUGUACUACAACACGGACGAGAAUGCAAAGAUCAUGGUCAGUGACUUUGGGCUGUCUAAAACGUUGGAGCACGGCGUGAUGUCGACAGCCUGCGGCACACCCGGAUAUGUCGCCCCUGAGGUUUUGGCCCAGAAACCCUACAGCAAAGCAGUCGACUGCUGGUCAAUUGGAGUGAUCACAUACAUCUUGCUUUGUGGCUACCCUCCAUUCUUUGAAGACAACGAGACUCGUCUGUUUUCAAAGAUCAUGAGAGCCGAGUACGCCUUUCAUUCACCCUUCUGGGACGACAUCUCUGAGUCAGCCAAAGACUUUAUCAGGAACAUGAUGGAGAAAAACCCAAAUAAACGCUUCCUGUCAGAACAGGCCCUCAGACACCCCUGGAUUGCUGAUAACGUAGCUAAGGACAUCGACAUUUAUCAGUCAGUCUGUCAACAGCUGGAAAACUUUGCCAAAUCAAAGUGGAAG